CUUCUUUUCCACUCAAACCAACUUUGAGUUCAGACCAACCAAUCAAGACUAGCUAGAAAUCAAAACCCUUUUACUUUUCUGCGAGAUCUUUCAGAUAACAAUGGCCUCGCCUGAUGAAAGUUCAGCCCUGGAAAUCAUACGCCAGCACCUUCUUGAUGAUUCUGCCUUCUUGCAAACCUAUUGUUCAUCUCCUGUUUUUGACUCGGAUAAUUCCCAGAUUUCAAGAACCUCAAGCAAUUCGAGUUCUGUUCUCUCUGAACUGACCAACAGCUCUACAUCUUCUUCCUCCGUUGAGCAAAGUUCUUCUGUUUUCAUGCCUGUCUUUACAGCUACCAGUAAUCUUGAAUUCUCCGGCUUCUUCAGAUCAGAAGCUGCGCCUGAAUUCUUGGAGUUUGAAACCAAGCCACGAAUUCUGUGUAGUAGUUCGGACCCUAUGAAGCAGAAGAACUUCAGCGAGAGGAAGCCGUCACUCAACAUAGCCAUUCCGACAGUGAGCAAGAAAGUGGAGUGGGAUCAGAAUUUCGAUGCUUCUUUCAAAGUGCAGAAGGUGGCUGAGAGAAAGGUUGAAGCGAACUCCGCCGACCGGAGACAUUACAGAGGCGUCAGGCAGAGGCCCUGGGGGAAGUUUGCGGCGGAGAUACGUGACCCUAACAGGAAGGGAACCCGGGUUUGGCUCGGAACGUUCGACACGGCGGUGGAGGCGGCGAGAGCCUAUGACAGGGCGGCGUUCAAGCUGAGGGGCAGCAAAGCCAUACUGAAUUUCCCUCUUGAAAUUGGAACUUCAAACCCUUUGCCGCAGAAUGAGGCCGCGCCGGCGGCAGGUUGCCGGAAGAGAAAGACGGAGUGGGAGUGUGAAGAAAGGGAGAAGAAAGAAGUUAAGAGGAGAGAAGAAAUUCGGGAAGUUAAAACUGAGAGUGAAGCAACGGCGGCAGUCCCAUUAACGCCGUCGAGUUGGACGGCCGUUUGGGAUGGCGGAGAUGGAAAGGGAAUAUUUGAAGUUCCGCCGCUGUCGCCGUUAUCUCCUCAUCCAAGUUUGGGUUACUCAAGGCUGAUGGUUAUUUGAACUUAGGACUCAAAUGCACCUGACGCAAAAAGUCUGGGGUGAUUUAGGGGUUUCUGAAAGUUUAGGGGAGAAAAAAAGGAAUAGUGACUUUGGUUCUUAAUCUAAUGUAUAAAAUAAUAAUAAUAAAUAAUAAUUUGUAGAUAUAGGAUAAUGUAGUGUAAGAGUUGUUUGAUUUAUUUAUUCGUUUGUAUGAGGUGGAAGCACGUUUCUACAUAUGAAAGUGACAACUUUGGUUAA